GUCUGCUCUAGCAAAUCGCCAAGCAGACGCAUUUAUGGAAGUUGAAUUUUGACCAUUGUGACUGCAUCGAGAGACAAAACUUGAAAAGCACAAAAAACUUAAUAGGAACAAGGACUCAAUAUUUUACGUUUCUUUACAUGAAGUGGUCACUAUGUCAAAUUACAAUGUUAUUUUCCAAAAUACUUGAAAAUGAUGUUUCAAAAUAUGUUUUUGUUUAAUUGAGAUAUGAGGAGGUACAGUACGAGUUAUUGGACUCUUGUGACAUUAUACUCUCGAAAUUGUACGGAACGAGGUAGUACUGGUAUUUCGGAAUUCGGAAGUCACUACUAAAUUACGAUACACAGCCAGUUCUAACCUAGGAUACUUGUAAUAUGAAUAGACUACAAUAAUAUUUGAAUAGUUCGAAUGCCUUUGGCCACUUGGGAAGUUUCCUGCUUUGUUCCUAAAACAUUAAAUUAAUUUUAGAAAAAAAAUUUUCACAAUUGUCAUUUUAAAAAUUUUACAAGAUGUCAAAAACUCGAAGAAGUUUAUGUCCAUUUGUUCCAUGUGAAAAGUGUCAAGCUUUUUUCAUGCAACGAGACCAAAAAAUUCAUAAACUCAAUUGCCCACCUCAAGAGACAUGGAGUCAUAAUUUUGUAAAAAAUAACGUUUUCUACUGCAACAUAGAGAAUUUUACAGCUGAGGAACAUCCUGACAUAACUUAUGAAAAAUCACAUGAAACUAUUUUCUUAUCUGUAAAAGUAAUGGAGCUAGUCAAAAUUUCUAAAGGAGAACCAGUAAUAAUUACUACUGCAGAUAAUAAUGCUUUAGUUAAAAAAGCUUGGCCUGUAAAUGAUGACAAUUUGAUGUCUGCAUUUUUAACAAUAAGAGCAAUUGAGUUGAAUCAAAUAAAAGGAUGUGUAACCAUAGAAAAAUUAAAAUCUACUACAUGCAUAGCUAAAGAAAUUAUAGUGGAACCAAUAGAAAAAAAUCAAAGAGAAAAAAUGUCACUAAAGUUAGAACAUUCAUUUCAAAGAAAAAUGCACGAGCAAAUUGUAGCCAUUGGAAAUCUAAUACGAAUUCCAUAUUAUAGUAGUAAUCUAAUCUAUAAAAUUAUUGAUAUCAAAGCUAAUGACGUAUUAGGAAGGAGGCUUGAAAAAGUGACAUUAUCAGAUGAGAGUGAAAAUAAAUUUUACACUGUAAAAUACUCAACCAAAUGGAUAAUAACACAGAUUUCCUCUGAACAAGAAAUAACAAAACAAAUUUCACCAUCUCUCAAGUCUGUAGGUGGCUAUUCUCAUUUAAUAAAAGAAUUACAACAAGUGAUUAGUAUUGGUUUAAAGUGUGAUAUGAAAGCAUUUAAAUUUCAUGUUAGUAGAGGAAUUAUUCUUCAUGGACCACCAGGAGUUGGAAAAUCUAUGCUUUCGGAGGCUUUAUUAUCAGAAUUUAAUGCUCAUAUAACUAGAAUAAUCCCAUCACAUUUAUACAAUAACAAUUUGAAUGAAACAGAACUAGUUUUAAAGGAUUUAUUCAAAGAGGCCUUAAAAAAUUCUCCAUCUAUUAUUUAUAUAGAAGAUAUUGAAAAUUUAUGCCCGAAAAAAAGUACAUCUUCAUCGAAUCAUGAAAAAAAAAUUUUGGCUAGUCUGGUGACUUUUUUUAAUGAUAUUCAAAUAAGUGAAAAAAACAUAGUGAUAUUAGCGGUAACUUCUAAACUUGAUGCAGUUGACAGUUUUUUGAGGAAACCUAGACUAUUUGGAAAAGAAUUCAAAAUGUCAGUACCAACAAAAGAAAUGAGGAAAGAAAUUUUAUUAAAAUUAAUUGAAACAAUUCCAAAUAGCUUGAAUGAAGAUGAUAUUGAACAAAUUGCAUCCGAAACACAUGGAUUUGUAGGAGCAGAUCUAAGUUCCUUAUGUUCAGAAGCUUGUUACAGGGUUUUGGGAACAGAAGUAUGUUUCACAAGUGAUAAUUCUAAUGAUAUUCUAGUGUCUAGAGAUGAUUUUAUUCACGCUUUAACAGUUGUAAGCCCAAUGGAAAUGAAAGACUUUUCAAUUGAAACACCUGAAGUAAGUUGGUCCGACAUAGGUGGUCAAAGUGAUUUAAAAUUAAAACUUAGUCAGUCAGUCGAUUGGCCGUUGAAGUAUCCAAAUGUUUUUACCAAAUAUGGAGUAAACCCACCACGAGGAGUAUUAAUGUUUGGGCCUCCAGGUUGUUCUAAAACAAUGAUUGCAAAAGCUCUUGCAACGGAGAGUAAAUUGAACUUUCUUAAUGUCAAGGGGCCAGAGUUAUUUAAUAAAUAUGUAGGAGAAUCAGAGAAAAAAGUGAGAGAAUUGUUUCAAAAAGCAAGGCAAGUAGCACCUUCUAUUAUCUUUAUUGAUGAAAUUGAUGCUCUUGGCGGUGAAAGAAGUUCAUCAUCAGAAUCUGCUGGAGGUAGUGUGCAAGAGAGAGUAUUGACGCAGUUGUUAACUGAGUUAGAUGGCGUUACAGCCCUUGUAAAUGUUACACUUGUUGCAGCUACAAAUCGACCUGAUAGAAUAGAUAAAGCUUUACUAAGACCUGGGCGAUUUGAUAGACUUAUAUACGUCCCUCUACCAAAUAAAGAAGCCAGAAUGGAAAUAUUCGAAAUAAUACUUCGCAAAAUGGGCAAAAUGGUAUGCCCAAAUGUUAAAUUGGAUGAUUUAGUUGCACUUACAGAGGGGUAUUCUGGAGCAGAAAUACAAGCAAUCUGUAACGAAGCUGGUUUAAAAGCUAUGGUCGACAGUGGUAAUCCUGCAGAUGAGAAUUAUAUUUCCAAACAAAUUACAAUGGAACACUUUAGACAAGCUUCAUUAAUUGUGAUUCCAAGAACCCAUGUAGACACAUUGAAAAUUUAUGACGAAUUUUUAAACAAACCUCGAUAUUAAGAUAAAUUAUUUUUGAUAAGUUAAU